UGUUGUUAGGUAACCGAGCCUUUUAUUGACAGCCAUGUUUGUGUAUCAAAGGGCCAGCGAAAUAUCCGGUUUGCUGGCGGUCACAAAGAUAAGAUUUCUCUAAAGCUACAUUAAAUUCCUUAAGAUAAUUUCAAGAUGGUUUUCAAUCUCCAUGGUGAUACGUCUGACUGCAAGCUGCACAACAGUUAUACGCUACAACUCGGCAUCUUGGCCGGUGUCAGCUUAGUCAUAGGAACAUUCAUGUGCUUUUGGGGGUACAAGUUCUUCAAGACCAUUCUAUUCCUAACUGGUCUGCUUGUUGGUUUUGUUGCAACCUACAUGUUAUGUGACUUGUAUCUUAGCAACCAUUUGAAAGGCAAAUCCUACGAAAACAGACAACAAAUCUACCUGGGAGUUGGUGCGGCUGUAGGCUUGAUCACUGGACUUCUAACUCUAUGUCUCUUUUAUCUUGGUCUGUUUGUUUUGGGAGCAACAAUGGGCUGGUUUGUUGGGCUGGCCUUUCUUCCUCUCAUUACCCACCACUCUGCCUAUGUUGCUCAACAUGUUUGGGUCUCAUACAUGAUAUUGGUUGCUUUUGCAAUUUUUGGGGGCGUCGUGAUUUUCUGCUUACAAAAGGUUUGGAUAAUCAUAUCCACCUCCUUCACUGGUGCUUUCCUGUUAGUGAAUGGCCUCGCCUAUUAUAUCGAAAACAGCACGACGCUCUACUAUUCAAUUGAUGUGCUCUCAGGUAAAGUCGAGAGUGCUCAGCUCCCCAGGUGCUGGUACACAUGGGUCCUAUUCACCUUCAUACCAGUUCUGUUUAUUGUGGGAAUGGGUGUACAAUUCGGCAAGACAUCUAGAGGGGAAGACCACAGAGCAGGUUAUCCGGGAUAUCCAAGGGGGCGCAAUGUUCUGCUUGUCGCCUACGACCCCGGUGAUACCCCAAUGGAAGACUUCGCCGGUGACCAGGUACCCAUCCUGCCGUCUUCAAACGCUUGAAGUUCAUCAAACCCAUGGAUGCUGGAACUCGGGGGGGAGGGGGGGUAAAUCAAACCCAUGGAUGCUGGAACUCGGAGGGGGUGGGGGUAAAUCAAACCCAUGG